GGAUGUUGUUAUACGACAAAUUCCACGUAUUCUUGGACCUGGUUUAAAUAAAGCUGGUAAAUUUCCAACAGCUAUUACACAUAGUGAUUCAUUAGUACAAAAAAUUGAAGAAAUAAAAUCAACAAUUAAAUUUCAAGCAAAAAAAACAAUAUGUUUAGCUGUUGCUAUUGGUAAUGUUAAUAUGUCUGUUGAUGAAUUAGCAGCAAAUAUUAAUUUAUCUGUUAAUUUUCUUGUUUCAUUACUUAAAAAAAAUUGGCAAAAUGUACGAGCACUCUAUGUUAAAUCAACAAUGGGUAAACCACAACGACUUUAUUAG